AAUUGGUGUCUUUUAGCACAUUUGGCGCUGCCUGGUCGCACGAAAAUGUUAAAAUCCGUUAUGCUACCUACUACUUUGAGACAAUUCCCCAGUAUCGCUUUGACUUUUGACCGGUUACAUGGAAAUUCGACAUUUGAAAUUCAAAUCCAGUUCCAUUUUUAAAGUUAGCUUUUACUCAUACUUGUAGGUUUUUGGUAAAGUUGAAAAGGAUGUGGAAUAAUUUUGCUGUAGUGUUGUUAUUUGUUUGUUGUUUUUGUGAAAUUAGUUUCUCAUCUGAACUGAGUCGGUCGGGUCGCUCCAGGAUACUGUCGAGGAAACGAAGAUAUGUGACUUUUCCUGAGGGUUCCAGUUUCUCCUGUGCAGCAUGCAUGACCGUCGGUCUGAUUGGCCAGCCGUCGCCCACCACGGCGCCUGGUACGUUCACAUUCGGCAUGAACUGGGGUAUCGCGUACGAACUGCCCAAUGAGACGCAGUCGUUGAACUUCCUGCAUCAGAAGAAGAAACUAUUGAAGGCGCAGGCUCAGAGGAGGAGUAGGAGAGAGCUGUAUGGAAAGAUCGAGAGCAUUCUAGAUAAUAUCGGCUACAACGGGCGGCAGUGCAUCCUGAAGACAAUCUGUGAGUCCUCGCAGAGGAUAGUCCCACACGGAGACAACAUGAUAGAGGAAAUGUUCAGAACAUUGUUCUCGCUGCCAGUGGCGAAGCUGCUACCAACAGAACCCAUGGAGCACGCCAUCUACGACGCCGCCCACCGUCUCGGCAAGCUUCUGGAGAGUUGUGACGUGUACCAAUGUCCUAUAUCCCUGGUAGAUUUAGUUAAGGGCUACUACAACGCUCCCGUACCUAACAUUGACCCAUCGGAGUUACACAAGAAACCUUGGGCCCUGUUUAGCAAUUCGUUUGGUUAAUAAUAAUAAAUGCGUCUUUUGGAAUUGAUGUUUGGUAGGUGUUUUAUUUUAAAAUGUAGGUAUUUUGGCUGAAAUUAAUUUUUCAUUUAUCAUUCAUUUACAUCAGUUAUAUAGAUCUCAAAUAGUUUAAAAAGAGCUCUUUCAUUU